CCCCAGAAAAGCCAGGGAAUUUUAAAUGACAGUUUGUCCCUGCUGGCUGCAGUGCAGAUAAAGGACAUGCAGUGCUCUGCAUCUGAACAUCUAGAUUUAGGAUGCUGUUACAGCAGUGACUCCCUAUUUCUUCACUCCCUUGCCCGGUUUGGCACUGCUGUAUUCCUUCAAGUCACAUGUCAGGAUAUUUCCCCUCUGUUCCUGCUGCUCUUCCAGGCUUAAUGACUCGUUCCUGAGGAGUUUGGCUGCAUCCAUGCAGUUCACUGCAGUCUCAGCAGCUUCCCAGCCCCAGGACUCAGCUGACACAACAGCAGUGUCACAGUGCAUCCCUCACUGGUGACAGGGUCUGAAUCUGCACACUCAUCCUUCCUUAGUCCUGCAGCACCUGGACCUCAGGGCAGCACAGAGCUGUCUGGAGUCCAGAAUUAGCACAUGAAGUUAGAGCACGCACUUCUGACUGGAUGGCUCAGGUUAUGAGGCCAUAGAAAAUGGAAUAUUAGAGAAUAGCAACUGAGUUGUUUUCAGCUGUGCUCAGACCUGUACUUUAUACAGACUAAGGGGAUUAAGUGCCAGCCCCCUGAGGGAAAACCUAUCAGAUAUAGAAUGAACCACUGCAAGGGUGGAUGGCAAGAUGCUCACUGCUGAUAUCUGGGUACUGCUCUGCAGCAUUUGUUAUCAGGGACGUUCCUAAAGGCAGAGCAAACACCCCUGUGCCUGCCUCUGCAGAGGAAAUAAUUACUAAGAAGCUGAUUUUUGCAGCAGCAGAGGUUCUGGAAGGACUGAUGCCAAUCUGGGAAACAAACAAGCUGCCCACAGUUGCAGAUGUCAAGUACUUCCAUUUUGUGGGGGGAUUUAACUCAGGGCUUUCACUUAGGACAUAAAAUAUUCAUCUGCUUCAGCAUAUUAAUGGGUGUCAGGAGGCCCUGAGGUCAGGAAGAAAUCUAUGGCCCCAAAAUCAAGCCUUCAAAUAACACACUUAUUUUCCCUUUUUUCCUACUGCCUCAGUCAGUGCCUGACACUGCUGAGCCCGGGGAUGGAGUCCCUCCCUGAAGCAGUCCUGCUCCGAAUCCUGGCUGCCAUACCUGCAGUGGAGCUGGUGCUGGUGUGUCGCCUGGUCUGCUGCCAGUGGAAGAACCUGGUGGAUGGAGCUGCACUUUGGAUCCUGAAGUGUCAGCAGGAAGGGCUCACUGGGGCAGAGGCAGAGGAGGAUGCGGAGAACUGGCAAAACUUCUACUUCCUGAGUAAGAAAAAGAAGAACCUCAUCAAGAACCCAUGUGGUGAAGAAGACUUGGAGCACUGGGGAGAGGUAGAGAAUGGAGGUGAUGGCUGGAAAAUUGAAGAGCUCCCAGGGGACUUUGGAAAAGAAUUCCCUAGUGAAGAAGUCCAUAAAUACUUUGUUACAUCUUAUGAGUGGUGUCGAAAGGCUCAGGUCAUUGACCUUCGGGCUGAGGGCUACUGGGAAGAGCUGAUGGACACAACCCAGCCUAAAAUUGUGGUAAGAGACUGGUACGCGGCACGCCGCGACGCCGGCUGCCUCUACGAGCUCUGCGUGAAGCUGCUCUCGGAGAACGAGGAUGUGCUGGCUGAGUACAAAAGUGAGACUGUUACCAUCCCACAGGACAACGAUGGCAGCUGGACUGAGAUCUCCCACACCUUCUCCAAGUACGGGCCCGGGGUCCGCUUUGUCCGCUUCGAGCACGGCGGGCAGGACACGCUGUUCUGGAAGGGCUGGUACGGCGCCCGUGUCACCAUGAGCAGCGUGACAGUGGAGCCGUAGCCACGCUCAGCUGGGGCCUGCAUGCUGGAGCUGACUUCCCUCAGGGCAUCCCACGGCCUCUGGAUGGUCUCUGCAUGGUGCUGCUUCUGGCUGUAGAGCACUGGGCCCUUCUGCGUAGGAACGCGCCUGCAACGCGCCAGGAGCCACCGCCCAGCCUUCCUCGAGGGGACUGUGCAAAGAGUGGGGAUGGAUCUGAGACUGAAACAAGGCUCAGCCUCACCUCUUGCACUGAUGAUCUCCCAUUGGACGGGACAUGACCUAAAAGUCCUGCAGACCUUCUCUCCUGAGCCAUUAACCCCAAGCCAGACACCCCUCCUGCCUGCUCCCAGACUUGGGCACUCCUCAACUUAAAGGGGUACUUUAGGCUUAUUUUCUGGAAGGUAAAGAGUGGAAGAAAGUAGGAAAGAAAAACAUGAGACCUUGUGUCUGAGAAUGUACCAGGGAAACCCAGAGCCCUGUCACAGCUUUAUCACCAACUGCCCCUGUGGCUUGCACUGAGAACCUUGGCUUCUCCCAUUUACAAACAACAGAUGUCAUUGCUUACCACAGAGGGGCUCUAGCUUGGCUGCCAAGUGCUAUUAGUUUCAUUUUUAGUGAUAAUGCAAAGCAAGAGGGAUUGGAUCCUCUUCCCUUAAACUGUUCCCAGCAUCCAUUUAUCAAGGCAAGUGUUGGGAACAGAAACCUGUCUGGUGUCCAACCCUGGGGCUUCAUUUGGCUCCCUCAGACAGAUGACAACCGAGAGUAAUCGCUGGGAGAGAGAGAGAGAUGACAACAACUUAGGGAAAUGGGUUAGAAAAAACUGGGGGUGGAGUCCAGGAAUGAAUGAAAACAAACUCAUGUGCCCCUCCCUGCCAUGCUUCGUGCAGCAAGUGUUUGGUCCCCCAGUCUGACUCUGCAGGGAGGAGAUACCCUGCACACACAAAGCUGGUUUGCCUCACUCCAUCUCUGCAAGAAGUACCAGUUUGCUCCUCCAUGUGCUCACUGACAAGACAGCACUUCACUCUCCCACUUGUGCCUCUUGAUAUCACUCAGGGCUGUGAAUCCCCAUCCUGAACAGGCCCCCGAGCUCUCCUGAGCCAAGCCUGUCCCUGUAGUUAUUCCCCUGACAAGAGCAUCCCCUAACAGGGCUGGCUCUUGUAUUUUUGUGUCUCUGUCCAUCUUCCCUCCCUGGGCUGCCACUUUGCAUCCAAGUGCCCCUUUACCCGAGCAGUGCCUGCUGCUGCCUGCAGCCAGAGGAGAGAGAGCUUCCCCUGGGCACUGUGCACGCUGCUUCCCUGGGCUCCUGCAGGGCUGCCCCUGGGCACACAGGGCUCCCAAACCGCAGCCACGCCGUGCCAGAGCCCACACACCUAAUAAAGUGACACUGCUGUGUGUGGA